AGUUUAAAGAAUGAUUUACCGAAUCUGAGACCGUGUGUUUCCAGAACGGGGGCAGCGAUGGAUGUGGAUACCCUGAGCGGCACCAACAGCGGCACGGGCAAGAAGCGCUUUGAAGUGGAAAAGUGGACAGCAGUAGCCCUCUGGGCCUGGGACACUGAGGUUGAUAACUGGCCAUCUGCAAGGAACCACAUUAUGGAUCUUUGCAUAGAAUGUCAGGCGAACCAGGCGUCUGCCACUUCUGAAGAGUGCCCCUUUGCGUGGGGAGUCUGUAAUCAUGCUUUUCACUUCCACUGCAUCUCUCGCUGGCUCAAAACACGGCACGUGUGUCCGCUGGACAACAGAGAGUGGGAAUUCCAAAAGUAUGGGCACUAGAAAAAGAAUAUUCUCCAUCAAGCUCAACUGUUUUGUUAUUCAUUUAGUGACUUGCCCUCCUGUUACUUAAUUGUAAGUUAGAUAGAACUGGGUCUUUUCCGCUCUGUCUUUUCACUUUGCUACUCCUGCAGUCCUAUUGUGUUCCGUGUCAAAUAAAAUCCAGUUGGGUUCUAAAAAAAAAAAAAAAAGACCUAACCUGGCUAGAGAACCUGGCUAGGCUGCUGAUCAACUGGAAAAAAGAGAAAAAAAAAAAGAAUGAUUUACCAUUAAUGACUAGCCUUUCUAAUUUCUUCUUGACUACAGAGCUUAGCUGAUAAACUUGACUUGGUCAAGAAGCUACCAAGAUCUAUUCUACUUGUUCAGGGUUUACCAGUUGCUUUAAAUUUCUCUCAAAUGCCCUAACCUUCAUGCAAACUUCCUAAAAAGUGGGCCAAGAUGGUCUUAAUCUCUUCUAGCCAUCCAUUAACACACUAUACAUACCAGUGUUUCUGAAGCCAGCAGGAUUCCUUAAGAUACUACCAGGUGUUCAGGGUGAAAUAAAUUUGGGAAACACUGGA